CGAAAGAAUGAUACCGCUGCCAAACAGAUCCCAGACGUUCUACAGUCUUCUACCAUUUUUCUCUUCGCUCAUCAAACCAACGGAACCCUACACCUACCCCGUCCACUCUCCCGUCUCCGCAUUGAGGAAGAAGAAGAAGAAGAAGAAGAAAGAGCAAGAAGCAGCAAAACGAUGUCGGAUUCAAACAUCGACGGGAAUCCAUCCUCAGCCUCUCAUCAGUGCCACCAAGAACAAGCUAUAGAAGGGUUUUAGUAUGCGUCUGUUUUCCUAGCAGCCCAUGGCAAGAAUGUGAAAUAAGAUGUUCAUUCUGAUUAUGAAGGGUUGUUUUAAUUUUGUCCCUUUUUACAUAAAGUAGAUUAGCGCAUGCUUGCAUCAUUUUUGGAAGAAUAUUAGAAGAAGGAAGAAAAAUGAGGUGUUCUUUAUGGCUUUAUAGGCGGGCAGAAUGACAUUGAUGGGAAUUCCAGUGCAGUGGCUGAAGCGGGGUGGUAUGUUCUUGGUGAAAAUCAACAACAUGUUGGUCCUUAUGCAUUUUCUGAGUUGCAUGAGCAUUUCAUUAGUGGAUACCUCCCUGAAAGUACGCUUGCAUGGUCUGAAGGAAGAAGCGAAUGGCAGCCAAUAUCAUCAAUACCUGAGUUAAUGAGUGGAAUAUCACAAAGGGAAAUUGGUUACUCUGCAUCAGUAUCCUCCAACAUUGAUGAUGAGUUCGAGAAGUGGCAGGAGGAGGUUAGACAGGCAGAGGCAGAAGCUGAGGCGUUAAAACAUGAAUCUGUUACUGGAAAUGUUGUUGGUCACUUGGGAAGAGAUGAUCAUGAUCGGCCUCUAACACCACCAGACGGUGAGGAGGAAUUCACUGACGAUGAUGGGACUACAUACAAGUGGGACAGAGAGCUUAGAGCAUGGGUUCCUCAGGGUAACGUAAUCACGGAAAAUGAACAAUAUGGAUUAGAAGAGAUGAUUUUCUUGCAAGAGGAGGAGGUCUUUCCAACUACACAGGCUGAUGAUACCGCUGUAACAGAAGAAGUCAAUGGUACCACUAGUGAGGUGGUGGAAACAAAACAGAAUGCCAAGAGAAAAAUACCUGAGAAGCUGGCUGAAAAGAAGGAAGCUAAUAAACCUCCUGACAGUUGGUUUGAAUUAAAAGUUAAUACACAUGUUUAUGUGGCUGGACUGCCAGAUGAUGUUACAUUUGAUGAGGUUGUGGAGGUAUUUUCCAAGUGCGGGAUUAUAAGGGAGGAUCCUGAAACAAAAAAGCCUCGUGUGAAGAUCUAUGUUGACAAAGAAACAGGAAGAAAGAAGGGAGAUGCACUCAUUUCAUAUUUAAAGGAACCUUCUGUUGCUUUGGCCAUCCAAAUUCUUGAUGGGACACCUCUUCGGCCAGGUGGCAAGAUUCCUAUGUCUGUAACCCAAGCUAAGUUUGAACAGAAAGGUGAAAAAUUCAUUGCCAGACAAGCAGACAAAAGAAAGAAAAAAAAACUUCAGAAGGUUGAAAACAAGAUGCUUGGCUGGGGUGGCCUUGAUGAUGCAAAAGUUUUGAUUCCAGCUACAGUUAUUCUUCGAAAUAUGUUUACCCCUGAUGAAAUGAGAUCUGAUUUGAAUCUACGCUCAGAAUUGGAAAUGGAUGUUGAAGGGGAAUGUGUGAAGCUUGGUCCAGUGGACUUAGUCAAGGUUUGUGAGAAUCACCCUCAAGGUGUUGUCUUGGUUAAAUUCAAGGAUAGGAAGGAUGCUCAGAAGUGCAUAGAGUUGAUGAAUGGGCGAUGGUUCGGUGGCCGGCAGAUACAUGCCAGUGAGGAUGAUGGUACUGUCAACCAUGCUCUGAUCCGGGAUUAUGAAGCUGAUGCAGCACGAUUGGAGGAGUUUGGUGCUGAACUUGAAGCUGAGUGAGUUGUACUCUUAAAUUGUAUGUUAAACGGAUCUUUAUUUCCCCUGUAAAAUAUUGGAGAGAGUCUUUGACUGCUUUAAAGGUUUUUCUAGUGCAGACCUUUUUCAAUUUUUGAUUUUAUUUUUCUUUGAGAUAAUUAGUUUUCUCUUGUUCAACGCUUCACAGACUGCAAUGAAAUGCACUGGCAAUGGAGUUGUAAAAUGAAAACAUUUGUCACAGUUUUUUAGGGGAAUUUGGGUAUUGGUGCUUGCUUUU